AUGGAGCAGUCUAGCGGAAAUGAGAACUCUGGACCGGCAAACACCACACCCAACACCUCCGUCCCUAGUACCUCUACCCAACCUGAUCCUCAUGCUGCUGCUCCAGAGACACAAGAGUCUCAGAUCCAGAAUCAGCCUCCCGCCAAUGCUCAAACCCCGACCACAACCACCAACACACAAGUUGACUGGUGGGUCUACCACAUCCCGUCUCCCACAGCCUCGUACGACGCCGACGACGACUACGGACUAGGCGCAGAUAUGGACAACGCCGCGACGCUCGGGGAGGUUGAGGAGGAGCCCGCUGAGCAGGAGACGUCCCCGACCCGCGAGACCACCGCUCCGUCACGCAGAUCUACGGGCAGGACGCAGCCACGCUGGACCCCAGAGGAGGAGUGCGAGGUCCUCGCCGCUUUCAUCACCCGCCAGGCCCGGAUCCGCGCGCGUACGGGUCAGCAAGGCCGAAGCUGGUAUCCGCUCAUCCAGGAGGAGCUCCUGCUGAAGAAUCCGACGUGGCGCCACGACAUCUCCGCUCUCAAGGCCAAGUACAAUCGCAUGAAGGAGCAGUGGCGCCGCAUCAACGAUCGCAUCAAGCGCUCGGGGGCGGGACGCGCCACUGGUCUGCCUCCUUGGUACCACCUCGGCGACGCUUUAUGGGACACCAUCCCGUCGGCGUCUCCUACUGCCGCCGCGACGGAAUCAGGUGCGACGACGGGUGUCUCGAUCCGUGGUCGUCGCCAAGUCGGGGGAGCGCUCGCGUCGUCUGAUGGGCAAGAGGGAUGCAGCCGGCAUGCAUGGUAUCAGUAUCCCCGCCAGCAGCCCGAAGGCAAGGAUGGCAAGGGGGGUAAGACCGGAUCAAAGGGCCAAGGUCGGAAAUCUGCUGGGCAAUCCAGAGCCCAAAGCACCGCGGAUCUUGUUCGAGAGCUCCGCGACCAUAACGACAAGCGUCAAGAGGAGAAUUGGGGCAAGUUCGAGGCGCUUACCCGGGAGGUGUUUCGCGGCUUCGCGGAUGAGCGACGCAGUAGGAGGCGUAGUCCACCUCUUCAUCCGAAGACGAGGCGUGAACCCGCGGACCUCGGCGCCGGUGAGUCGAAGCCGUGA